UAACAAUCAUUUGUUUGCCGUGGUCCGUGAUGCUGCCAAUUUUAGUUAACAUUGAUAUUAAAAAUCGCUGGUUUUAACUUACACAGUAUUCUCGAGAGCUGUAAUGGCACACGAUAUACCGUACACAUUUUGUUUAACUUGCAGUAAUGUAAAAUAUACUGAUAUAUAAAUUAUAACUAAAUUAGGAAGUUAUGUUAUCAGUGCUGUACAGUAGACAGAAUUUGAGAAGCUCUUUUUAACCCAAAGUUUAUAUUCAAGGGAGGAAUUUAUUAAUGUUAUAUUUUGAUUGGUAGAAAGGACAGUCAGCAGCACUUCAUUACGCACUGUGUUUUAGAUGAUGGCCACACUCACAAAAGAACAGAAAGAGAUAAUUGAAACAAAGCGGCAGGUCGCAUUGCAAAGAAGGAAUGAAAGACAGAGACUUCAAAGCCAACACUCAUCUUGUACCAAUACAAAUAGUUCAUCAAGUAAAUCUUUAAAUGCAAGAGGGGGGCUUCCAGCUUCACAUAGUCAGCAAGUAUCAUCAAAUACGUCUUGUAUAAAAGACAAUUCCUUUGGUGUAAAGCCUUCUUCAAAACAAAAACAUGACUUCAGGCAGUUUGUUCAUCACAAGAAUACUUCACUUUCUACCGGAGAAGUUGUCACUGGAAACUGCCAACUUAUAUCUAAAGAGAGGUUUACUGUGACUGUGCCAUACCAUGAACAAUUGAUAGACAUAUUCAACUCUAUUGACAGCAGAAAUUAUGAUCCAGCAGAAAAAACAUGGAAUUUUACCCUUGAAGAUUAUAAUAUUUUUAUGAGGAAACUGCAGUGCUUGAAAGGGGCUGUGUCUGUAACUGGUCUACCAGAUUAUGUCUUAAAGACAUUCCGUAAGUCUUCACAUGAACCAGAAAAUUUUAAAGAUGUGGAUUUAUCAAGAAUUGAUGUGACAUUGCUGAAUUCUUUGAUGCCUUUCCAGAGAGAAGGAAUAUGUUUUGGUAUUUCAAAAAAUGGCCGUUUCCUUCUGGCAGAUGACAUGGGGCUUGGAAAGACCAUUCAGUCUUUAGGUGUUGCACACUAUUACAAAGAUGAUUGGCCCCUCUUGAUAGUUACACCAUCUUCAGUCAGGUACCUGUGGGCAGAUGCCAUCAUGACAUGGCUGCCCAGUGUGCCAUAUCAUAAUGUGAUGGUCAUGACAUCGAGCACUGACUAUGUAAAGGAAGCCCAAAUUCUUAUAACUUCAUAUGAUCUGAUGACUCGACAACAGAGAGAGUUGAAGGAGAUGGAUUUUGGAGUGUGCAUAAUGGAUGAAUCUCACUUUUUGAAAUCAACAAAGUCAGCACGCACACAGGCUGCAGGCAAUUUGCUAGAAAGCGCCAAACGUGUCAUAAUGCUGAGUGGUACUCCUGCUCUCUCAAGACCUGUUGAGUUAUACCCACAGAUAUCUGCCAUUCAACCAAAAUUGUUUCCUAGGUACUUUGAAUUUGGUGUCCGAUAUUGUGCUGGAGUAAAGAACAGUUUUGGUUGGGAUUUCAAAGGCUCAUCAAAUAUGAAAGAACUUAAACUUAUUCUGGAGAAUCAUCUUAUGAUUCGCAGACUCAAGUCAGAUGUUAUUUCGCAGCUGCCACCUAAAGUGAGGCAAAUGGUGAUUCUGAACCCAGAAGUUAUUGAUGUCAAGAGUAAAGAAAUGAAGCAGUGUGUUAAGACACUGGACCAGCAGCAUUUGACGGGGAUAGAAAGGAGAGGAGCUCUGCUCUCCUACUACUGUGCUACAGGAAAAGCUAAACUGAAGGCCAUACAGGACUAUAUUGGUGACAUGCUUGACAGUGAGAAGAAGUUCAUUUGUUUUGCCCACCAUAGAGUUGUUAUUGAUGGCAUUUGUGAAGUAAUUAGUGGGAAGAAAAAAGAGUUUAUAAGAAUUGAUGGCAGAACUGACUCCAACACACGUAAACUCCUUUGUGACAAUUUCCAGUUUGAGGAUAAGUAUGUGGCUGCAGUACUGUCCAUCACAGCAGCAAAUGCAGGCAUCACACUUACUGCUGCUCACUUGGUUGUGUUUGCUGAAAUGUACUGGAAUCCUGGUAUUUUAACCCAAGCUGAAGAUCGAGCUCACCGAAUUGGUCAAGAUGACAGUGUUCUGAUUCAGUAUUUGGUGGCUAAAGGUACUGCAGAUGACCACUUAUGGCCCCUAAUUCAAGGCAAACUUGAUGUUCUGAACAAGGCUGGCCUCAGUAAAGAUAACUUCUUGGAUACUGAGACUACCGUAGUGAAGAACUCUAGAAAACAGCCAUCAAUACUGAAUUACUUUUCUGACAUGUGUUCAUUAGAUAAUGAACUAACCAAUGACAUGUUAGCAGGCAUUGACUUUGAACAGUUUGAAAGUUUUGAGAAGAGGCCAAAGCUUAAUUAGAGCUGGAAACAAAUCAGUGUUUGAAAUGUGGAUGUUCGUUAAACAGAACAAUGUCUGAAAGUACAUUUACCAGAUGUUAUUAGGAAGGUCAUUGCAAAACAUUGUACUUUUAUCUAUUUUUAAUUUGUGUUACACCGCAACUGGCAUGUGUGAUUGAUGAUUUAUAUUUAGUACUUCAGAUUUAAUUUCAUAUGUGUACUCUAUACUGGAAUUUUAUAAGGAACCAUUUUAUUAAUGGAGAGGUAUUCAGUGUCUUGUGUGAAAUACCCAACUUUGCAUCCACUUGUAAUAAUAAGAAGUGAAUUUUUAUAUAAACUUUGUUGGCAACACAGUAUGUCAGAUGAUUUUCUUUUCUCUUACAUAGAAUAUUUUCAUGCUUACAUCUUAGAAGUAUAGUAAGAGUAGCCCAAGAUCAAAAGCCAUUGAUGUACAAUCAGAAAUCUUCCUCCUCCUUAUGAAAUGUUUCAGGAACUGCUUCAAUCAUGAUCCUAACUUGUAUAUCUGAAUUUCAGUUGAAGUAAACUCCUUGUUUAACUGCAUUACUGAAAUAUUCAAUUGACGUACAUUUGCCACACAUCAAUUUACAUUGGAUUUUUUUUUGUUGAUCUGUGGUUCAAAUAACAGAAUUGUGACUCUUUCAACGUCCAUUUGUUGUUCAUUCAUGAUACUUGAAAUUAUUUGGACUACAGACAGUUAAUAAAUUCAGAAUUUUGGCCAGUGAUU